AUGGCUCGCGUCUAUGCGGAUGUCAACCAGCAGAUGCCACGGGCAUAUUGGGAUUAUGAUAGUGUAAAUAUUACCUGGGGCGUAUUGGAGAACUAUGAAGUUGUGCGCAAGAUUGGACGAGGAAAGUAUUCGGAAGUCUUUGAGGGAAUCAAUGUAGCCAACUACCAAAAAUGUGUGAUUAAGGUGUUGAAGCCGGUCAAGAAGAAGAAGAUCAAGAGAGAGAUCAAGAUCCUACAGAACUUGUCAGGAGGCCCAAAUAUUGUCGCCCUCCUUGACGUUGUUAGGGACAGUCAAGUAAAUCAAACUUUUCCUUCUCUCCCAGGCGAACCUUUUUCCCUAGUUGGGAAGACGGGCAAAUGCGCGCUCACUGGCCUUGAACAACCCCUUGAAGAAGAAACAGACGACUCAUUCAUGAUGCAGAGCAAAACACCUUCGUUGAUUUUCGAAUUCGUCAACAACACCGACUUCCGUAGCCUUUACCCUAAGUUUAUCGAUUACGAUGUCCGAUUUUAUAUUUAUGAGCUCUUGAAGGCAUUGGACUUUUGUCACAGCAAGGGCAUCAUGCACAGAGAUGUCAAGCCUCACAACGUGAUGAUUGAUCACGAAAACAGAAAGUUGAGACUUAUCGAUUGGGGUCUUGCGGAAUUCUAUCACCAAGGCACCGAGUACAACGUUCGGGUCGCAUCAAGAUAUUUCAAGGGACCUGAAUUGCUUGUUGACUUCCAGGAAUAUGACUACUCCUUGGACAUGUGGUCUUUAGGUGCCAUGUUCGCUUCGAUGAUUUUCAGAAAGGAGCCAUUCUUCCACGGAAAUAGCAACUCGGAUCAAUUAGUCAAAAUUGCUAAAGUUCUCGGCACUGAAGAUUUAUUUGACUACCUCGACAAAUACGAGAUUGAGCUCGACGCACAAUAUGACGAUAUUCUAGGCAGAUUCCCAAAGAAGAACUGGCACAGCUUUGUCAAUGCUGAGAACCAACGAUUCGUUACUAAUGAAGCUAUUGACUUCUUGGAUAAACUUCUCCGAUAUGAUCACCAAGAACGUUUGACUGCUAAGGAAGCCAUGGCCCAUCCUUUCUUCGCACCUAUUCGUGCUGACGAGGCAGCUGCACGUGGUACCCCAGCUCCUGCUACAUGA